CAAGAUGGUGCCCAAGCCACAGGGCCAGGCCAUGCAGUCGGUCACCCACCGACCACUGCCUCCACUCCCCAAGCUCCGCGUGCGCCGCCCAAACAAGCCAGAGACAAACCCAUGCUUGGGCGCAAUGUCAUCAGUUCUGGGCUGCUGGGCAUCGUCAGGAUACAGCGUGCAAGGCUGCGCGGCGCUGGAGCAGAAGCUGCGGCAGUGCAUGGAUCAGCCGCGCGACAAGAACCAGAAGAAGAACAACAUCAACUACCACCUGUCGAGGAUGUACCCCAAGAUCAUCGGCCCUCACAAGCGAAACUAGGCCGACAUCAAGUUGCGGCGCAUCGAGCUUUGUACACUACUUGCAUACCCACAGCAGCGAGACGGACGAUGCGCCAGCGCGCAGGAGAGGUUUUAUCAGCAAUCACAACACCACAUUAUUGGGACGGCGUUCAGGCAAGGUCGAUAUGGUUGUAUAUAUGCAGUCCAAGAGCAGGAAUAGAUCUCCACUGAUCACCCGUGCAUCACGCAUCUGUGCAGUCGGAGGCGCGGGCCAGGCCGGC